AUGUCCUUCCACUUUGAUAGUGCUCUUCGAUACCAAUCCACCAUGAGCACCCAGGCAUCGGCUAGCAAAACACCACCAGAGGAUACCCUAUUUCUGGCCGAGAUUGAGAGACUAGAUGUUUCCAGAGAUGGGCAGGCUGACGAGGCCUAUCUCGAAAGCCUGGCUGAACUGAAACAUGCUGUCGAGCUGAUAAGCAAGCCAAGAGGCAACAAACAUGUGGCGAGGUUAUAAAGCCAACAAGACGAUGAUACCUGAAUGGCAAAUUUCGAGAAGAGCAAUGGAUUAUCUUCUAUGGAAGAUUCGCAAACUGAAAGACCUUCGGUGCAUUGUGCGGGCUUAAUAAUGGGUUAUAUAGAUUGAAGCCAGU